AUUGAGUAUUGUUUUAUGGAAACAGAAGAAAUGUUUUCCUGUUGCCGUGCUAGUUCGAAAAAUUCGAAUCUACCGAAAAAAGUUAAAAAUAAAAAAGUUGAUGACUUAGCCCAAAUUCAAAGCGGGGAUGGCGAAACUGUCGCUGGUCAAAAUCGAAUAAUUCCAACGAUAAAAAUCGAGAAGGGUAAAACAAAUGACUUGAACACCGAAUCCAAUUCAUUUACUCAAAAAGGGAAAGAAUCCGAAAAUGUUCUUGAAAAUUGUACAGCAGAUAAUAGGAUGUGUGAUGACAUAGCGAAUGAUGGUUCAACGAAAGCUGAUACGUCUGAAGCGUUGGAGCUUGCAUCUAAUUCGCAACUGGCGAACGAAAAUGUUGAGAAUGACCGAAACGAUGUAGAAACUAUAUUAUAUAAGACAACGAAAACUGAUAAUAGUUCUACCACUACUACUACUACAAACAAAAUAUUAUCUGAAAAUUGCGAAAAUUUAGAAGACAUAGAAACGACUACUUUAAAAAGUAAUGACGAAACAAUAGCAGGUACCACUCCGGUAAAAAGCUGUCUCUCUCGACACAACUCGAUGCACACAUCCAUAAAAAAGAAGGUGAAUAUCAUGACGCAAGCUGAAAUAAUCGAACCGGAUCCCGUUCCUCAAUCCCCGCACGAUCCCGUGUCAUCGACUGUUGAUGAUGACGAUGUCUUUUCCGAUUCACUGCCACCGCCAAAACGUGAAAGUAUGUGUGCGCCGUAUAUUGAACAAAGUGAGAUUCCGGAAUUGUUGGCAUAUGCUCAUGGGCUUCCCGAAUGGUUCAAUGAUGAAAGGAUUAAUGAAAUUGGUUGUAUUGAGCCACCUGUAACGCCUGUCGGUCGCGAUGAGCUUGAAAUGAGGCGACAACGUCUGUACACAGACCUCUUGCGUGCAGCACAUGCGGCCGUUGAACAUAACGUACGCUUUACCCCGUUUGCAACAGAUAUAGUUGGGAAUGCGACUACCAGAAUAAAUGAAGGCGCUAGAGAUUGUGAUCCGGACUUAAAACCAUCCGUUGCAGAAAAUCUUGAGAAUUUAGUAAAUCGUUUGGAGCAAUUGGUUGAGCGGUUGGAACGUUCAAUCUCAGCACAUGAGCUAGAAUUUGCGAAUCGCACAUUUGACGCAGUUCGAACCAAGAAGCGAGAAAGUUUCAACUUGGACAGAGCCGAAUUACCUGCAGAGUCUCUUACAGAACAAUUGCCGUUGCAGGCAGAAAAUCUAAACGUUCGAAUAGAAAAAUUGGAACAUUCAUUAAAUCAAAUAAACGAACGCCACAGUAGCAGUUUGAGUACGAGCAACAGCCAGUGCAGUCAGCAAUUCAAAGAGCAAGAGGAGCCACAGCAACAGAAAGAGGGCAGCCUAGAAAACAUACCUACAGUUCUUGAAGAUUAUCAAGCAUCAUCACAUCUGCCAAUCACCAGAGAAGAGCAAUAUUCGCAGUUUAAACCGCCUUCUAAAAUGAGUGUACUGGGAUUUCAGGAUAUUACCAGCGGUCCGCUGAAUCAAUAUUUAGCGCUUUCUCAAAAAAUCGGUGGUGAUGUUGCAAAACAUGCGCAGUUGGUAAAAUUAGCAUUUGAUGCUCAAUUGCAGUAUGUUACGUUGGCCACACAAUGUUCUCAACCAAGCCAAGAGAAGCAAAUGGAGUUACUGAAGCCCACUUCGGUCCAAAUUAGCGCUAUUCAAGACUAUCGUGAAAAGAAUCGAGGAUCGGCGUUUUUUAACCAUUUAUCGGCUAUUAGUGAGAGUAUUCCAGCCUUAGGUUGGGUCUGCGUGUCACCUACACCUGGACCGCAUGUGAAAGAAAUGAAUGAUGCCGGCCAAUUUUAUACAAAUCGUGUAUUGAAAGAGUGGAGAGAUAAAGAUGCAACUCAUGUAGAAUGGGCACGAGCCUGGAUCCAAACAUUGACAGAAUUGCAAGCAUAUAUUAAACAGUACCAUACUACGGGUCUAGUAUGGUCUGGUAAAGGCGCAGCACCAUCUGGGGGUUCUGUACCACCACCACCACCAAUUGGUGCUUGCCCACCUCCACCACCACCGCCAACAUUCGAUAUUGGUGCAAUGUCAUUAGAAGAUGGCAGUGCAGAUGAACGCAGUGCUUUAUUCGCCGAAAUUAAUCAAGGCGAGGCUAUCACAAAAAAUCUAAAGAAGGUCACUGCUGACAUGCAAACUCACAAGAAUCCAACGUUGCGCACUGGCCCGGCUCCAUUCAAGACACCCACUCAGUUCGGUUCAUCAUCUGGUGGCUCCUGUGCUACUGCCGCUGUUGCAAAAGAGCCAGUAUUCUCACGUGAUGGAAAAAAAUGGUUAAUUGAAUAUCAACGCAACAAUCGCAAUUUGUUAGUGGAGAACGCUGAAAUGAACAAUGUGGUAUAUGUGUAUAAGUGUGAAGGUUCAACUUUAACUGUUAAGGGCAAAGUUAACAACGUUGUCUUAGACUCUUGUAAAAAAUGCUCUCUACUAUUUGAUUCAGUUGUGGCGUCAGUGGAAUUUGUAAAUUGUCAGAGUGUCCAAAUGCAGGUUCUUGGUUUUGUACCAACUAUAUCAAUUGACAAAACUGAUGGCUGCCAAAUGUAUUUAUCUAAUGAAUCACUCGGUGUGGAAAUUGUAAGCUCCAAGUCUUCCGAAAUGAAUGUUAUGCUUCCACAAGCCAGUGGUGAUUAUAACGAAUUGGCUUUGCCGGAGCAGUUCAAGACGACCAUUUCGGGACAAUCACUGAAAACCAUUUGCGUGGAAAGUCUGGGUUAAAAUCACUUAAUGCCGUAGAUGAAAAAAAAAAACGCCAAAAACUUUCAUCCAAGGCAUAUGCAAUAUGGACUAUUAAUAAAAAACUGAACAUACAUAUUUAUAAAAAUCAUUUUGCUACUCCAAAUCAUUUUUAUAUAAGCAAAUCAUACUAUGAAACAUCGGUGUUGAACACACAAAUUUUAAUCGAAAGAUCACAAAACAAACUUUUUUAAGAUUACAGUUUGUUUAGUGCCAAUUGGGCAUAUUAUACCCGUCUGUAUGUUUUGAAAUUAAAACUACUAAAUAUAUAUUGA